AUGUCAGAGACUGCCUUCUCUUUCACAUCAGCUGGAUACAAGUUUUUUAGAGACCGCCUAGAAUGGGCUGACGUUACUCCAAUUAAGCAAGAUGAAAGCCCCCGGGGGGUUGUUAGGAUAGCAUACUCUGAUGCAUUUGUGGAUGCACACGAUUAUGUUCGAGCUGUAAUGGCAGCUGAUGAAAGGUCUCCUAGGGUUCUGGAACUGACAUCCGAAGCCCUUCAAAUGAAUGCUGCGAAUUAUUCUAUAUGGGCUUACCGCCGUAAUGUCUUAACAACACUUAAGGCAUCUCUCUCAGCAGAACACCACUUCACAAAGACUCUUCUUUAUGACCAUCCCAAGAACUACCAGCUCUGGUAUCAUCUGCAGUGGCUGAUGGAACAGGCUGCUAAAACUGACGGUGAAAACGACCCCAAAACUGUCUUUAGUCGACCUGACUCCUAUCUGUUUUCGAUUUUGUCAGCUGAGCUUGACCUUGUCCAUGAACUUCUUGUAGAGGACGCCAAAAAUUAUCAUGCUUGGCAGUAUCGCCGAUGGCUUGUCGACUUUUUUGGAAUCCCUACCGACCACGAAGUUAACUUCUGUGAUUUAAUGCUUGCAGAUGACGCGUUAAAUAAUUCUGCUUGGAAUCAUCGCUUUUACACAAUUGUCAAUAAAAAAUUCAACGAUGUCGUUUUCGAUCGAGAGGUUAAGUUCGUUGUGGGUCAUCUGAGUUCAAUGCCACACAACGAAAGUGCCUGCAAUUAUCUUCUGGGGCUACUUUUUCCUCUUCCACCUGGCGCCUGUCAAAAUGCAAUUAAUGGUGCUUCAGAGCAGAGUGAGAAAUCAACCCUUGACCGGCUCCUGAAAGUUCGCCAUCUUAUUGAGGAUUUGGUGGCACAAGACGUUGCUGGUGCUGCUGACACUCCUGCCAUUCUAUCUUUGCUUGUUGAGUUGCUUUGUACUACCCUGCAGAAACGCCAACAAUCUGUCGAAUCAGUCACCGUUGAGGACGAGGAAACGCGCACCGCGCGGCGUGCAAUGGAGAUUUGCGAGCGCUUGGCCCUUGAAUUGGAUCGGGUACGCGCAAACUACUGGCAGUACCGACGCAGUCAGAUCGAACAACUACUGACCCAGUCGCCUAUGGUAGCCUGA